GUAUUCGAACUUUCAGCCAAAACAUAAACAGAGUGAUUAUUUUGACCACGUGGUGCUUGGCCAAAAAUAUCAUCCAAUCAAGUGUUUUCGAGAAGGAGCAGUGGAUCGUCGUCCAAUCAGAAAACUGUAGUGGGUUUCCAAGCAGUUCGUGUGACUAAUUCCUGUCAUAUGACUCUGCCACAAAUGGAGUUAGUUUCAAGGAACUAGGGCUGCACUUGGAUUUGGAAGAAAGCGAGACUUUCUAAAAUGCCUCCAACUCUUUUUCAGAAACUUUUUAAUAAAAGAAAUUCAUUUUCGCCGCCCCCAAGAUGCAACAAAGAGGACCCCGCGUUCAGCUGGUCAUCCCCACAGCUGGACCCUAGCCAGAUCAGAUUGAUACUGUACCAAGACUGUGAGCGACGGGGGAGAAAUGUCCUCUUCGACUCCAGUUCCAAAAAGAGGAGCGCAGAGGAAGCCCCUGCCUCGCAGAAGAUGUGCAGUAGCGAGGCCCAGGUGAAGAGGUAUGGGAAGUGCUGCCAGCUGAGGCCUACAGGGGGCAGCUCCAACUCUCUGGACAGUUCCUGUGCCGCAGAGGCCCGGGAAACCAGGGAACAAGGGCUGCGCUUCCAGGGGUUGCGGUGUUCCUCUGAUGCCAACAUGUUGGGGGAGAUGAUGUUUGGUUCGGUGGCCAUGAGCUACAAGGGCUCCACACUCAAGAUCCACCAGAUACGGUCACCCCCUCAGCUGAUGCUGAGUAAAGUGUUUACAGCCCGAACAGGGAGCAGUGUCUAUGGCAGCCUUAACACACUGCAGGACAGCCUGGAGUUCAUGGGUCAGGACCCCAAUUCUUUGAGGCCGGAUCAGAACACUGUGACCAACGGCCUCCUGGGGAACAUAGGUUUCUCUCAGCUCUGCAGCCCGCGCCGGGCCUUCUCUGAGCAGGGCCCUCUGCGCCUCAUCAAGAGUGCCUCUUUCUUUUCAGGCCAUAGUAACCCCAUGGACAUGCCGGGCAGAAACCUGUAUGACGAGAGAGACAGCGGCAUCGCCAGAUCAGCGUCUCUGAGCAGUCUGUUGAUUACUCCGUUCCCCUCCCCGGGCUCCUCCCUCACCAGCAGCCAGGCCAGUAGCUACCAGAGACGCUGGCUCCGCAGCCAGACCACCAGUCUGGAGAACGGAGUCUUCCCAAGAUGGUCUGUGGAAGAAAGCUUCAACAUGUCGGACGAGAGCGGAGGUCCCAGCCUGGGCGUGGCCAGGAAGAAGAAGAUAGCCAUCGGUGUCAUCUUCCUCCUCUCCCAGGACGAAGAGGAGAACAUCAAGUUCCAGGACUUCUUCUUCUCCCACUUCCCCCUCUUUGAGAGCCACAUGAACAAACUAAAAAGUGCCAUUGAACAGGCCAUGAAAAUGAGCCGGCGAUCAGUUGAUUCCAGUCAGAGGGCUCUGGCCUAUAGCCGCAUGGUGGAUGGCCUCAAUGAAUUCAGGACGACCAUCGUCAACCUUUACACCAUGCCCCGCGUGGCCGAGCCCGUUUGGCUCACCAUGAUGUCUGGAGCCCCCGAGAAGAACCAGCUCUGUGGACAUUUCAUGAGGGAGCUCGCCCUACUCAUGGAGCAGGCCUCAAAGAACCAGUUCCUCCCUGCCCUCCUCACAGCUAUCCUCACCAACCACCUGGCCUGGGUGCCCACUGUCAUGCCCAAUGGACAGCCGCCUAUCAAGAUCUUCCUGGAGAAACACUCUUCUCAGAGCGUGGAUAGGCUGGCCAAGAGCCACCCCUACAACCCACUGUGGGCCCAGCUCGGUGACUUGUACGGGGCCAUCGGCUCCCCGGUGCGUCUGUCCAGGACGGUAGUGGUGGGGCGGAGACGGGAGCUAGUCCAGCGACUCCUCUAUGUACUCACCUACUUCAUCCGCUGCUCUGAGCUGCUGGAGACCCACAUGCUGGACAGCACUGAGGACGAGGCCAUCGUCAUCCCAGGCUCUCUCAUCACCACUUCGCUGCAGCGUGGGGAGGUGGAGGAGUCAGACUAUGUACUGGUCACCGUGCACAAGCCCAGCGGAGACUACCUCAGCCAGGGUCCCAAGCCCCAAGAGGACAGCAGCUACCCCUCACACAGCAACAACAGCGUGCAGUGCAGCACCUACACUGAGGCUGGCCCUAAGGAGGGGGACAGUAGUAACAACAGCCAGGGCUCCAAGAGCAGUGUCCUCCAGGCCCACUCCAGCCACAACACUAACGCUGUGCCCAUCAUCCACAUGGAGGAUGUUAGUGAGCCCACGCCGCUCAAGGAGUCACCAACCGCCUGUCUGGAGGCCAAGCUGGAAACAGUGGUGCGUGUGGGCUCCGCCUCCCCUAGGGAGACAGUGGUGCGUGUGGGCUCCGCCUCCCCCAGGGAGACAGUGGUGCGUGUGGGCUCCGCCUCCCCUAGGGAGACAGUGGUGCGUGUGGGCUCCGCCUCCCCUAGGGAGACAGUGGUGCGUGUGGGCUCCGCUUCCCCUAGGGAGACAGUGGUGCGUGUGGGCUCCGCCUCCCCCAGGGAGACAGUGGUGCGUGUGGGCUCCGCCUCCCCCAGGGAGACAGUGGUGCGUGUGGGCUCCGCCUCCCCCAGGGAGCAGGUCUGUGUGCUGCUGGAGACGAAGCCUGAGACCGAGUUAGAGUUCAAGGCCAGCGAGAAGGAGGGGAUGGGGAGUCUGCCCAUCAAGGUGUUCCGCUCUUCUGGGAUACCACUGGAGAAGAAGCCCCCUGACAAGACCGUACCUGUACCUGUACCCGGCCCCUUUUUGUCAAAACACCAGGAGGAGCCUGCCACCAAGGUGCUGUUUCUCAUCGGCGACCCCCAGUCUCCAGGAUCAGACACAGAGAGCAGGAGGAGGAAGCUUGAGGAGGACAUUAAGAAGCACAAGAAAUGCAUCAAAGAGAAACAGAGGCAGCAACAGCAACAGCAGCAACAGCAACAGCAGCAACAGCAACCGCAACAACAGCAACCGCAACAACAGCAACCGCAACAACAGCAACCGCAGCAACAGCAACCGCAGCAACAGCAACCGCAACAACAGCAACCGCAACAACAGCAACCGCAGCAACAGCAACCGCAACAGCAACAGCAACCGCAACAGCAACCGCAACAACAGCAACCGCAACAACAGCAACCGCAACAACAGCAACCGCAACAACAGCAACCGCAACAACAGCAACCGCAACCGCAACAACAGCAACCGCAACCGCAACAACAGCAACCGCAACAACAGCAACCGCAACAACAGCAACCGCUACUGCAACAACCGCAACAACAGCAACCGCAACAACAGCAACAGCAACUGCAACAACAGCAACCGCAACAGCAGCAACCGCAACAGCAGCAACCGCAACCGCACCAACAGCAACCGCAGCAACAGCAACCGCAGCAACUACAGCAAUCACAAUUACAGCAACCGCUACAACAACAGCAGCAGAGUGGGUGUGGUGACGGCGGCGAUCAGAGGGUGAUGUCUACUACCAGCACAUCACCCGACCAAACCAAGACCAACGCUGGCGGAAAGAAGACUCUGAUGCGUGUCUUCAGCAAGAUGCCCCAGUGGAACCCUGUCAGCGAGGAGGAGUGCUCGGAGCUGUUCGACGAGUACUUCAGUGAUGACAACCCUGUAGAGACCAGGACUAUAGACGAUGUGGCGAAAUGCCUGGACUUGUCUAACGGCACGGACAAAACCCAGAAAGAGCUUCUGGACCCUUCGGGAGUCCAGAGUAGCAGUUGCUGUAAGGGACAGGGGGAUCAGGGACAGAAGGGAACAGAGCAGGUGGGUGUGGGACUGGGAGGUGUUGGUGGGGAUGAGGCUGAGGCUGAUGUCCAGACCCGCUGUACGGGGGAGGCUGACGUCCAGGCCAGGUGUUGGGGGGAGGCUGACGUCCAGGCCAGGUGUGGGGGGGAGGCUGACGUCCAGGCCAGGCGUUGGGGGGAGGCUGACGUCCAGUCCAGGUGUAGGUGUGGCUCUACAGACACAUCGGCGGCACGCUCCUGUAGAAGUUGUUCUGCUGAGCAGAACAUGUGCAUCCUGAUUUCAGUAACCGUCCCCAAAGGGGCCCAACAAAAGAAGGGGGCCCCGCUUAAUGACUGUGAGAUCCCCCGGAACGAGAGUUCGGACAGUGCGCUUGGGGACAGCGAGAGUGAAGACGCAGGGCAGGACAUCCACAGGCAGAGUGAUAGCGACACCUACUACAGAGAUGAUCAGGAGCCAGAUGAGUGGCAGGAAGAGGUGGAGGUCCCCUUCCCUGGGUCAAAGUUGGUGGAACAUUUCUCCAAACCGAGCAUUGCCAACUUUGGGAGGUCACUGUUCGGAGGGUACUGCACAACCUAUGUGCCGGACUUUGUUCUGCAGGGGAUGCCCAACGAUGACAAACUAAGGCAGGGCCUCGUGUCAGAAUUAGCCCACGCUGUACAGCAUCCAGUGUUGGAUGAGCCCAUUGCAGAGGCGGUCUGCAUUAUCGCAGACACUGAUAAGUGGACGGUGCAGGUAGCCAGCAGCCAGAGACGAGCCACGGACAACAACAAACUGGGGAAGGAGGUCCUGGUGUCCAGCCUCGUGUCCAGCCUGCUCCAGUCCACCCACCUGCUUUACAAGAUGAAUCUCUCCCCCAACUUUUGCAUAAUGCACCUUGAGGACAGACUCCAGGAGAUCUACUUCAAGAGUAAAAUGCUGGCAGAGUACCUGAAGGGACAGACUAGAGUGCACGUCAAGGAGCUGGGGAUGGUCCUGGGUAUUGAGUCCAGUGACCUCCCCCUGCUGGCAGCGGUGGCAAGCACUCACUCUCCCUACGUGGCCCAAAUACUGCUAUAAUAGAUGGAACCAAAGCCAGAGUUGGCAGGUGACUGUGGACUGGAGCAGCCGGAUACUGUGCUUCACCCUGGCCCAACACGUUGGCUUGACACUGUUCACUGACGCCCUGCUGAUGCUCUGAGAGGGCGGGACGUGUCUCCUGGACAAGGUGUGCAUCCCAGAUUGCAUACUAUUCAAAAGAUGGAUCCGAGACCUCGGCUACUGCCACUGGGCAUACAGACAUACUGCCACAAGGGGACAGCCGAGUCCAUGGUCUCCUCUGCUAGUAAGAGGUGAAGCUCUGUUGGCCCACUCCAGACCAGAGAGGCAUGCUGCUGCUGUUGCCAAUUGUCUUCUUUUUCAGUGUUUUUCCCCCUCCUCUGCAUCAACAUUAUUUUAACCCAGUUAAAGGAUAAGAAAGCCAAAUAAUUUUUCUGUUGAGUAUAAAUAAUAAUCAAGACAU